UUUGCGCUCUCCCAUUAGAUUUGGAUUCAGUAGAGGAUGACAACCAUAAAACAACCAUAAACUUUAUUAGCUGUGGCUUUACACACAAACAUCAUUUCGUUUGAACACAAGCCCUUUCCUCACCACAAACGACUCUUCCCCGCUUGUUUCCGUCCAUGACCUAUUGAUUACGAAUUACCGGCGACUGAUUGGUAGCUUAGGAUCAAGUUUCCUUCCAGUCGCGUAUUUGUUUUGUAACUCAUCCGUACAGGUAAAAGCAGUUCGUAGAAGCAGUACUCCUGGCACCGUUAUGUCGUCUCCGAGAAAGUACGAAGUAGAACUAGAGCGUCGCACGUCCUACCUGGAUCAACAGGUGGGAGAUAGAGCCCGGGAGAAAUUCAGGACGACCGCCGAGACGAACGUUAUGUCUGGGCCGGACGCACUUCAACUUCGUCUGGACACCAGUUUGAGUAGGACCGCUCAACAACAAGGGCGCUCGACAAGCGCAAGCCACACGGAAAAUGGGAGAGAGCCACACGAAACAACCACUCAAGAGGGCUUCCUGCCCGCACUACACGGCGCAGAGGGCUUGAGUUUGGAAAUCUGCGGGGCUAGCGUGAUGAGGCGGCCGGGAGAAAACCACCAAGACACCGAGAUGGCUGAAAUCACGAACACCACUCUGAAGGAGACGGAUUCUGAAGAAAAGGAACUCCGGACGCCAUCUAAAGGGGAAUGGCGGGGUGUUAUUACAGACAAUACUCUAACAGAUAAUGGAACCCCAAGAAGCCCUACCAGUGGUGCUGUCGCACCCCUCAGCCCUAUAGUAGCCACACAGAGCCACCAGGACCAAGUCAUCAACACGUUACCUGAAGCCCUAGACAAGACCAACAACUCUGUCUCAUCGGAGCAGCACUUUGUCGUCGUGGCCAUCGACUUCGGCACCACGUUCAGCGGAUACGCCUUCAGCUUCCUCCGCAAUCCGGACAGCAUCCACGUCAUGCGGAAGUGGGAGGGGGGCGACCCUGGAGUGACCAAUCAGAAGGUCCCGACCACCCUCCUCCUGACUCCGACAGGACUGUUCCACUCGUUUGGGUUCGCUGCCAGGGACAACUAUCACGACCUUGAACCUGGCGAGGCCAAGAGGUGGAUGUACUUUGAGAGGUUCAAGAUGGUUCUUCACGCUAACACGGAGUUACACAAGGGAACUCAACUGUCUGCAGGCAAUGGGAAACUCUGGCCAGCUGUGGAAGUUUUUGCCCAUGCUUUGAGGUUCUUCAAAGACCACGCCUUGCAGGAGCUGACUGACCAGUCCUGUACGCAGAUCAACAACGACGAUGUGCGGUGGGUCAUCACGGUCCCGGCCAUCUGGAGACAGCCUGCCAAACAGUUCAUGCGAGAGGCAGCCUACAAGGCUGGGAUGGUGUCCAGGGACUACCCCGAGCAGCUGCUGAUCGCUCUGGAGCCAGAGGCGGCCUCCAUCUACUGCAGACAGCUGCGCUAUCACCAGCUGGUGGCAGAUGCCAACUCUCCCCAGCCGGCAGCACCGCAGGCUACUGUGGCAGCUGACAUGGCUCCAGGUGACCGGUACAUGGUGGUGGACUGUGGAGGUGGCACUGUGGACCUGACUGUGCACCAGCUGGAGGAGGAGCCACUGGGGGGUCUCAAGGAGCUGCACAAGGCCUCAGGGGGUCCCUAUGGAUCAAUUGGAGUGGACGAAGCUUUUGAACAACUCCUUCACAACAUUUUUGGCAGCGAAUUUAUUGAGCAGUUCAAACGAAAGCGCCCUGCAGGAUGGGUGGACCUCCUGGUGGCGUUUGAAGCCAGGAAGAGAGCGGCCAGCCCGUACAAGACCAACCCUCUCAACGUCUCCCUCCCCUUCUCCUUCAUCGACUACUUCAAGAAGACAAAGGGCAGCAGUGUGGAGGCAGCCAUACGGCGGAGCGGUUACAAGUACAUCAAGUGGUCGUCACAAGGAAUGCUGCGGAUGAGCCCAGAGGCCAUGCGCGAGCUGUUCCUUCCGACGUUAAGUAAGAUUGUGGGCCAGGUUAUCACUGUCCUCCAGAAGCCAGACGUUGCAGGAAUCAAGUACCUGUUCCUUGUCGGUGGGUUUUCGGAGUCGCCUCUUCUUCAGCACGAGCUGCGUGCGGCGGUGGGGCAGUCCGUACGAGUCAUGAUCCCGCAGGAUGUUGGACUCAGCAUCCUGAAGGGCGCUGUGUUGUUCGGAAUCGACCCCGCCGUCAUUAGAGUUCGAAGAUCUGCACUGACGUAUGGAGUCGGAAUUCUGAACAAAUUCGUGUAUGGCAAGCACCCUCCGGAAAAACUCAUCAUCAAAGACGGCAUUGAAUGGUGCACGGACGUGUUCGACACUUUCGUGACCAUCGACCAAUCUGUUGCCAUUGGUGACAGGGUGACGAGGAGUUACACCCCGGCAAGGCACAGCCAGUCAAACAUUGUAAUCAACAUCUACUGCAGUGAGCGCGAGAAUGUCCAGUUCAUCACAGAGGCUCACGUCCAGAAGUGUGGAACGCUCAAGCUGGACUUGACGCGGUCGGACUACACAGUCGCCCCACAUCGUCGGGAGCUACAGACGACCAUGCAAUUUGGGGACACAGAGAUCCGAGUCACAGCACUGGACAUUCUCACAUGUACGUCUGUCAAAGCCACCAUUGAUUUCCUAAACAAAUAGAGCCACUGGGGAGACCAAAAC